AGAGAAGAAAAACUCGAAACAAAGCAAACCCUUAUCUGUUGCUUUCUUGAGUACACGGCGCUCCACACGUGUUUUUCAACUUCUUGGCAUCGGUGCCCACAAGGUUUCCGUCACCACAACACACGAAUUCGAGUUCUCUCCCUCCCCCCCCCCUGGUUUGAUGAGAUUUUAUUUGUCAUCUUUUGUUUGACUUUUACGCCCACUACCCUUUUUUUCCACAACAGACGCGGUGACGCUGCGGAGUUUUAAUGAUUAUAAUUAUUAUUAUUAAUAUUGAGUGAUCUCUCUGUUUGUUUUUGCGUAUUCUAACUGUUGCCUUACCUUGUAUUGCUCUUGUUAUUGUCUUUUGACGUGGACAGCGUUGUCGAAGUUCAGUUUUCGUGGCCCUGCUGCUGCAGGACUGACGCAAUUCUUCGCUUUCUUCACUCUAUAGCUCCCUCCUUGCAGCGAUUCACAAAACUUAAUACACUUACAGUCGCUGUUUUUAGUGGCAGGUGAUACUUUUCUAUUAUUAUUAUUAUUCACACAACGAAAGCUUCUUUCUCUUCAUCGUUCGUUGAAGUACAGCGGGUAAGCGAUGUUCGCACGAAGCAUUCUCGUGCGCGCCGCGGCAACGUCGUCCAAAGAUAUAGCAAAGCGGCCCACCUCGAACCCGACCGUCCCGACGGUUUCUCCUGCGGUGGUUUGCUCGCUUUACCGCAGCCUGUACCGCGAAGUGUCGCGGCUUGACCGAAAGCCUGUCCUCAAAGUGCUGUUUCCUUGUAAUAAAGACCUGCAGGCGAUUCUAAACACCUCAAGGGCCUUGUGCGUGCCGGGAGACAAGAGCUACACGGCAGUGCUGCGCGAGGUCUUUCGUGACCCCAAUCGCGUGCCGAAGAUCAACUUAGCGUUUGACACGCUCAACCGCCUCCGCGCACACUACGAUAAUGUGAAGACAAAGCUGCCGGAGAUGGAACGGGACAGGUCCCGAUUGCUGGCCUCGCUGCAGAGCCCAGUAGUGGCGGCGCGACGGAAGGGUUUUUUUCGUGCCAACGCCAUCGUCGCUUCGCCAGAGGCGCGGCCGAAGUACGUUCAGGCAGCACCGGGUGUUCCCACGCGGGUGGUGCUGCGCGAGGCCCACCACAACAUCGACCUCCAGGAAGGCACGCUAUUGCUAGCGCACCCCCUGUCGUCCGCGCACGUGGAUCGUCGUGUGAUGCUCAUUACGGAGCGCACCCCGGUCAUCACGAGCGCGGUGGUUCUGGACCUGCAGUUCACCUACCCGCUGUCGCGUGGCAACUCGAUGUUUCCCGAGGUGUUCUGGGGCCACGACGUCUACGACGGCGGCUUUAGUCAAAUCGGCUUUACGAUGCCGCCAACGGCACAAAUUGCGGUGCUGCACACGCUGGAGCCCUACAUGUCACAGACCGGCAGCGCCGGCGCAGGGACGACGUCAGCGAGCGGCAGCGGGCCCUCCAUGAUCAGCUGGUUGAAGUGGAAAGACACCUCCAGCGCGCAGGCGAAAGCACCGACAGCGAGUACCGCCACCGCGUCAUCGUCCACCGCCACCGCAGCCGCCAUCAAGAAGCACAAUCUCUUCUGCCACCCCCUCAUCUUAGGCGGCGUGCAGGAUGACGGCACGCGCGAGCCGACCUUGUACCUCUCCAAGGCCGAAGCCCUGCCCUAUCUUAGCGAGCUCGCGUUCGGCCAGCCACGGUCCUCGUUGCGCAUCUACUGGGGAAAUAUGCGGUGGACGACCGCGCAGCUCGAGGCGGAGGUGGCCAACGGGCAUUGGAUGGCUGUGAAGGCGUCGCCGAGCUUCUUUCGUUCCUAUUCGCUGACCGGCUCUGGCGACGACAUGACGGAGCACUUCCCGACCGCCGCCCAGUUGGAGGAGGCGAAGCAGCUACGGGAGAGACGCUACGGUGCCAAUAUCACCCCUCCGCAGGUGUUCCCGCCCGAUCAAAUUCUGCGCCGCCGCGAGUGCCUGUGGGACGAGGUCAUGUACGCGAUGGGCGGCGACUACGCCGCGCUGGUCGGCUGUUCGAAUCCCUUCUCCGACAGCCCGCGCGGGGCGUCGGUGCAGAUUCUGGCUCCCUACUUGGCACCGCUGCCGCUGACGGCGGACGAGGACAUCGACACGGCGGUCCCCGCGGGCGGUGCUGAGUUUGUUUCGUCCUCCGUCACUCCACUUGGGGAAGAGGACGAGGCAGACAAUCCGCUCCCCUCGCCUUCCGACAGCAUUCCGGAGCACAACGCGGCGAAGACGGGGGAGGAGGAUCGCACGCACGACGGCACACCUGACGAGGUGGCGGGCAGCAGCGAUGCCACUUCGACGGAAGGCGCAACACCGCACCAGCAGCAGGAGAGCGGUUCGGCUGUGGAGACGAGCACCGAUGCGCAGACCUCAGGCAAAACGCCGCCGGAGCAUUCCGAAGACAAGAACGGACAAUAA